AUGCCGAAAUUCUUCUGCGACUACUGCGACGUCUACCUUACCCACGACUCCAUGAGCGUGCGCAAGGCCCACAACAGCGGUCGAAAUCACCUGCGAAACGUCGUCGAUUAUUACCAGCAAAUCGGACACGAGAAGGCCCAGUCCGUCAUCGACUCCAUCACAUCCUCCUACGCCGCCGAAGGCCAGGCUCACGCCAAUCCCAUGCUGCCCCAAAACCAGCCCGGCGGCGCCGCGGCGGCGGCAGCAGCUGGAUUCCCCGGAAUGCCACCACCGCCCUUCAGCUUCCCCGGCGGUAUGCCGCCUCCGCCUUUCCCCGGUAUGCCUGCUGGCAUGCCACCCCCGCCGGGCGCCGCGUUUCCCCAGGGCAUGCCUCCUCCGCCAGGCCAAGGUGGUAGAGGACUUCCACCGCCUCCCUUCGCAGCUGGACCCGGCGGCCUGCCCAUCCCGCUCCCAGGCGCCGGUCUACCGUUCCCUCCGCCAGGUGGCUUGCCAUUUCCUCCUCCGGGUGCAGCCGGCGGUAACGUGCCUCCCUUCCCGUUCCCCGGCAUGCCCCCGCCAGGCCAAGGCUUCCCCGGUGGGCCCUCGCCGCCCGGCGCAGCUGGCGGCUUCCCGCCUCCCCCGGGAGCGCCCGGCCGGCUCGGAAAAGAACGAGAGGCGGGGAUCAGUGGUGGUGGUGAUGAUGGUGAGGGACAGGAUUCAGGUCAACGGCAGCAGCCCCUACCGCGACCGCCAUCACUACCGCCGAAACCCGAAGUGGGAAAAUCUCGGAAUACCACUAGUCCUAGACGAGAGAAGGAGUGGGGAUUUAAGCCAUAUUCUCGAAGAUAA